AUGCCACCGCACCUGCACCCCCGCUCCACAGCAACGUCCACCCUCUUCGCCGGCACGCUUCUCGCCUCCUUCAUCGUCGUCGGCAUCCCACAUGUCUUCCCGUGCCCGCGCCCUCGAACAGGCUACGCUGCCGACGCGGGCCGAAUAGAAUUCGACGAGGACGGCAAGCCUAUCAGGAGGAAGGCGACAUCGACAGCGACUGGCGCGUCGGGUGCGGCCGAUAGCGAUCUGGAAGCUCGAAAAGCGACGCAGCAUCAACGAGCCCGAGCUUCGCAAAAGGCUCUGAGCCAGAAAAAAGACCUGGACGAAGAAGCAGCCCUGUUUCGAGAGUUAGCUGCUGAGGCUGAGAUGCUGGAGAAACAGACAAAGUUGGCGAGGGAGUGUCCGGUCCCGAAACCGAGGGGCUGGGUAGGACGGAUACUGGGCUUCGAGGAUCAGCGGGCAGCCGGGGUGAGCGGAGGAAGAGAGAAAGGGUGA